UGUUCCCUCCCCCAUCGCCGCCUGCUUCCCGCCGUGUUAUUAAAAAAAAAAAAAACCUGUUAAGUUGUCAGCUCAAGAACAGAACGAAGGAAGCUCCGGCGAAGAAGAAGCAGAAAUGGCGACGAGGGGGAAAGGGAGACGGUUGGCGUACAUCACAGUGCCGUCGGCGAUCCUCCACUCGCUCUCCUCCGCUUCUCUCGUCCUCUCGCCACCCAGCAAGCAGGCCUCCCGCCCCGGCGGCGGCCGCCGCCUCCUCGUCGGCCUCCCCCGCCGCCCGUUCCUCUUCCUUCUCCUCCUCUUCCUCGUCGCCGCCCUGGGGACAAUUCGCGCCGGCCUCCACCUCCACCCUAUUCUCCCCUGCCCCCACCUACCCCGCCGCCGCCCGCUCUCCUCGUCCUCCUCCCUCUCGCUCUCCGAGGGGGAUUCCAAACUGGAUUUCUGGAAGCAGCCGGACGGGAUGGGGUUCGCCCCCUGCCUCGAGUUCAGCAGGGAGUACCGGGCGCAGGGCGAGGCGGCGGCGCGCACUGGCCGCCGGAAGAAGUACCUCCUCGUGGUCGUCUCCGGCGGCCUCAAUCAGCAGCGCAAUCAGAUCGUCGACGCCGUGGUAAUCGCCCGCAUCCUCGGCGCCGCGCUCGUCGUGCCGGUGCUCCAGGUCAACGUCAUCUGGAGCGACGAAAGUGAGUUCGGCGAUGUGUUUGAUCUGGAGCAUUUCAAGAGAGUUCUCGCCGACGAUGUCAAGGUGGUAUCCUCGCUGCCGUCCACCCACAUCAUGACCAGGCCGGUGCAGGAGAAGGAAAUGCCUCUUCAAGCUUCCCCUGACUGGAUUCGAUCGCGCUACAUGAAAAAACUUAACAGAGAAGGCGUUCUGCUUCUGAGAGGCUUGGAUUCCAGGCUCUCCAAGGACCUUCCAUCCGAUCUCCAAAAGCUUCGUUGCAAAGUCGCAUUCCACGCGCUGAGAUUUGCAGCUCCAAUCGAAGAGUUGGGGAACAAGUUAGCGACGAGGAUGAGGAGCCAUGGCCCGUACCUGGCGCUGCACCUGCGCAUGGAGAAGGACGUGUGGGUGCGGACGGGGUGCCUCCCCGGCCUCCUCCCCGAGCACGACGCCGCCAUUCGACAAGAGAGAAAGCUCCAUCCCAAGCUCCUCACCGGCCGGUCCAACAUGACCUACCACGAGCGAAAGCUCGCCGGUCUUUGCCCCCUGAACGCCGUCGAAGUCACCAGACUGCUCAAAGCGCUGGAAGCCCAGCGGGACGCGCGAAUCUACUGGGCCGGCGGCGAGCCGUUCGGAGGACGGGAAGCUCUGCUCCCUCUCACCAGGAGCUUCCCCAACUUGUUCAACAAGCUCGACCUGGCCCUGCCCGGCGAACUGGAGCCCUUCGCCAGCAAGUCCUCCGUGCUCGCCGCCAUCGACUACAUGGUGUGCGAGCAGAGCGACGUGUUCAUGCCGUCCCACGGCGGGAACAUGGGCCACCUCAUGCGCGGCCACCGCGCGUACGCCGGACACAGGAAGUACAUCACGCCCAACAAGCGCCAGAUGCUGCCCUACUUCCUGGACGCGGCGCUGCCGGAGGAAGUGUUCAACCGGGUCGUGAAGGAGCUGCACCGGGGAUCGGUGGGCCAGCCGGAGAUGAGGACGGACAAGACCGGCAAGGAUGUGACCGCGUUCCCGGUGCCGGAGUGCAUGUGCAACGGCACUAGCAUGAGAUCGAGACACUGAAGAUUUUGGCACGAAGAGAGGAGGAGAUCAAGAACAAUCAUACACACAAUUUUGAGGCAAGCUUCUAAAUUUGUUCCUGUUUCCCUGUUCAUAAAUCAGAUUCUUUUUCUUUUACCUAGAAUUUAAUACAAGAGUUGCAGGAUUGAGAUCUCAGCAUUGUUGUUUCUACAUACUGAAUUCAAUGGACUUGCAUUCAGAAGCCCAAUAUGCUAAAGAUUUCAGUCCAGAAUGUGAACCAUGUUACACAUUUUUUGUAUUCUGAUACAAUUUAAUCAAAAUUUAUCAUUUCUCUUUUGCUAAA